AUGUCGAUCGACCCAACCAGCACCGAGGCCGCAUCCAUGGCGGCCAUCAACGAUGUCGCGACGUGGGCCGGACUCGUGGGAGAAGGUCCGACAUCGGCCAAGGGGAGCCUGUACACCCUCCUAGGUGUCACAGGCGCGGAGCACCCCAGGGUCCUGGGGGGGAUCCCCAUGGCCGAUUUCGACGCGAUCAUCGACCGCUGGGUCAUCGACAACAGAGGCCUUCGCAAGGUCAAGAUGUCCAUCGUCAUCGACCAGUCGGACGACAGUGAGGUCGAGGUCCUGGACAGCAUAAAGGUUGCGGAGGCGUACGCGCGCUACCACGCGCGCAUCGGCGCCUUCCCACCAGCAGACGAGGAGCUCUCGGCCGAGCAGCUCUCGUGUCUCCAUUCGUUACUCGAGAACGGGAGGCCCCCCUACACCGACAUGGCGGUCUGGGGGCCGUCCUACCACAGGCUCCAGAAGAAGAUCCGCCUCAAGGGGUCCCGGCUGCACCCGUCAGGCACGAUCACACCCGUGGAGUUGUACGGCCCUUGCGACUACGAGACGUGGGCCGAGUGCUACGCCGUGUUCAAGACAGGGGCCCUUAUGUUCAACCAGCUCACCCCCGCGCGCCUGGACGCCUACGAGAAGCACAUCAGGCACUACCACGAGCGCUACGGGCGCGACCAGUGGGCCAUCAUCUACCAGGCGGACGUCAGGGCGCGUCUGGAGCUCAGCGAGCGGCUCCGCAGGCGCGGCCAGGAAGAAGCGUCGCGGGCCGCUGCCACCGGCAAGCUCCACGACUUCGAUCCGCGAGCUCCUUGGGAGUGGGUCUGGAAGCACCUCGUCGAGGAGAGCUCGUUCUGGCACCGCGAGGUGGAGGAGCCUUGCCUGCUCGUGCUGGCCAAGACGAAGUCCCUCGGCACAAUGCUUGAGAACGAUGCGCCCGUCGAGGGCCACCGGGGCAGCGGCGCCAGUGGACAGAGCCAGGGCGCCAACAAGAGGAAGUCCAAGGCACCGUCGCAGAGGGACAGCGCGACGCCGCCCCCGGAGAAGGUGCGCCGCGUCGACGAGCAGGGUCGGUACACGCACAACCGGAAGGGCGCAAAGCUAUGCGCCGACUUCCAGAGCGGCAGGUGCCAAGAUGGCCCCAUUACCGGCGUGUGCCCGCUCCAGCCGGGGCACCGGCACCAGUGCAACAGGACCGGCGUCCGCGGCGAGCCCGACACAAGAGCCGGCACGAGCGCCCUCGAGUCGCUGAGUGGAGCGUUGGGAGUGCGCGCCCCAACCAGCAUAGAUGCGCUCCCCUACGCCCAGCACGAUUUCCUGCAUCUCCCGAGCGGGUUGGCCAGGGGCCAGAGACACCUGCACGUCUUCAGCGGCCGGCGCGGCCGCGCUGGCAGCUUCGGCGAGGCGGUCAGGUCGAUGGGCGGCGAAUGCGUGGAGGUGGACGUCUGCAACGGCCCCGACUUCGAUUUGCUGAAUGAGGACAUCUUCGGGGCUGUAGUCAGCCAGAUCAGGAGCGGCGGUUACCGCGGCAUAUUGCUGGGGCCGCCUGCUUUCACGAAGACGGCCACCCUGAGAACAGGCAGCGGCGCCGAGAGAUAUGGCCGGAAGCACCUCAAGCCGAGCGAGACGAAGCAGGUCAAGGAGGGCACGCUGCUCGCCUUGCGCAGCCUGUCGGUGAUGGAGGAGGCGGCGACCGUCGAGCGCCCGGCCAUCCUGGUGCAGCCGCUGCUGGAGGACGACCCCGAGGCGAUCAGCAUGCUGAAGCUGGACGAGUUCGUCGACUUCCGCGAGCGCGAGCCGACGUGCAUGCUCACGCUUUCCGCGCGUCCCGGCGCAGACGGGGCCCGCGGCGACAGGAUGAUGUCACUGCUGACGACGCGAGUGGACUGCUCGGACCUGUCGCCGCGCAGCCUGCCGCGGGCCGGCCGCGAAGAGCACUCCCGCCAGGCGGCGGCCGCGCAAGCAGACGCAGUUGGUCUCAACAAGUACUUCGCCGUCAAGCUUUGCUUGGCUGCUGGCGUGCCUGCGCCGGCGGCAGCGCAGGCGGCGAGCCCGGCCGCGUUCGCGAGGACGGGCUACUGGGGCAACUGCUUGAUCAGAGUGGAGCGCGGCGCCGGGUCCAAGACAGAGCAGAUGGACUCGAUAACGGUGAAGCCGUGCAUCGACUUCAGACACUCGCUCAAGGGGCCCAGAAAACUCACGAUGGGCCACUCCAAGGAGGAGGACAACCAGAAGUACGUCGGGGGCAUGAGGCAUCCGAGGCGCAGCCCGGAGUUCAUGAAGUACUACGGGACUGUCAGCCUGAUCAUCCGUAGGAAGAUCGAUGAUUAUCUCAACGACCACCCGGUGGCGGAGCGCCGGUGUCUCGAGGCCCUCGGGAGCGAGGACUUGGGUGCAGGGCCCGACGAAAACCACCAGCGGGAGAUUCGGAACAUCAUCGGCGCCUGCGUCCACGAGGCGAACCACGAGCCCGUGCAGGGCGAGCACUGCCAGUCGAGCAUCCGGGCGCGCCUCCUCACGAGGUGGGCGGAGGCAGCGAACGACAUAGACGCGAUGCACGUCCGGGAGUGGCUCGUGGAGGGAGCGCCGGCCGGGAUCGAGGUCGACAUCCAGGAUCCUGGUAUCUUUCCGCCGGUGCACGGGCCCGACGACCGCGACGAGGGCGACCUGACGGAAACCCCAGACGCAGAGCUGAGAAACUACACCUCGGUUGAUGGCGACCCGCACGCCGACCCGGAGGUGGAGCGGCUGAAGGCGUCGGGAUUUGUCAAGACGUUCCACAGCAGGGAGGCCGUAGAGAAAUACCUCGGCGGGCCGCCUCAGGUCAGCAAGCUGGGCAUGAUCACCAAGGUGACGAAGGCGGGCAAGACCAAGAGACGCCUCAUUUUGGACUGCCGCGAGUCUGGCGUCAAUGCCAGGGUCAAGCAGCGGCAGCGCAUCGUCCUCCCUAGGCUGACGGACGUCAUCGACGAUGCGAUGUUCCUCGCACAGAGGGCCGAGCAGCACCCGGAGAUGGAGGUCGAGUAG